GCAAUGGAUUGUGGGAGACUGCCUGUUGAUGAUCCAAGAUGGCGGCACUUCCGCAGAAGAAAUAUUACCGGCAAAGAGCCCACGCAAAUCCUAUGGCCGAUCACACUCUUGAAUAUCCUGUAUCUCCAGAUGCAAUGGAUUGGAGAACUCUGUUUCCUGCUUUCUUUCCUGAAAAAGAUGACAAUGGAGAACACACAGUUUGCAAAACCUCAAGAGUUGAAUUUGCAGACAUAGGGUGUGGAUAUGGCGGACUUUUAGUGGAUUUAUCUCCCAUGUUUCCAGAUACACUAAUGGUUGGCAUGGAAAUAAGACUGAAGGUCAGUGACUAUGUUAGUGACAGAGUGAUGGCUUUAAGAAAAGCUAACCCAGGACAGUACCAGAACAUUCAUGUGAUAAGGACUAAUGCCAUGAAGUACUUGCCCAACUAUUUUCACAAGGGUCAGCUCAAAAAGAUGUUUUUCCUGUUUCCUGAUCCUCAUUUCAAGCAAAAGAAACAUAAGUGGAGAAUAAUAAGCCCUACAUUACUAGCUGAGUAUGCAUAUGUUUUAGCGGAAGGGGGUCUUGUUUACACAAUAACUGAUGUCCCUGACCUGUGUGACUGGAUAAAGAAGCAUUUCAUGGAACACCCGUUAUUUGGGGCAGUCAGUGGCGAUGAGCUGGCGCAGGAUCCCGUCGUAGAAAAACUGUACCAAAGCACAGAGGAGGGACAAAAAGUUACUAGAAACAAAGGAAUCAAAUUAGUGGCUGUAUUCCGACGAAUUCGAGAUCCGUACCUGACGUAACUAAGGCAGUAUUUCCUCACCUAAAUUAACCUUAGGUGCUAAGUCCUACGCGGUCGUGUGUCUUGUUGGAUCCCAAGCCUACCCGGAUGGAAUUGAAAUGAGGAGAAAUAGUUUUUGUCUCAGAUUGAUUACAAAGUAGGAACAGUGUCAGGGCUGCUGUCGGGUUAGAGAGAGUAAUGAGACUUGUUGAACCCGAGAACUUAGGAUUAAUGGCCUCCGUCUGACUCUAUCUUCAGUUCACCACGCUACUUCCUAUCAUAAUUGUUCUUAACUUUUUAUCCCGAUUGUUUGAAGCUGUCUAUGGAUAAAUCUCCAUCCGGGUGAUUGCCCUGUACGUUUUAAGAACACAUCCACUGGAUAGCGAUUUAUCCGUUGGAUAGCAUUAUUCGACCCUUAAACAAAUGGGCAAUUGCGUGAGGACAGAGUGAGAAAGAUGGUAACUUCCUUUUCAAAACUUUUAAUAUCCUUUUUGUCUAAAAUGAUUUUGUCGUUGUUGUUGCUGUUUUUGAAAAUCAUUCCUUGUGUCUCUUUUUUUCCCGAGCUAGAGCUCUUUCGUGGGUCUCUUAGUUGCUUCCAUCCACAGACUAGAAAUGAUUCCUGUGAAUGACGUUGUUUCUGAGACAAGUAUCGUCACCAGAAAAGAAUCCUUACGUGAAAGUUUUCCUUCGGAAAUUUUUCCUUUAGUCAUGUGCAGAAGUGUCGGUUAAAAUGCUCUCCUAAGUCCUGUUAGCUAUAGAAUAGGUGAGCCCAUCUAUUGCGCCCUAUUUCGGUUUAGAUGAAAACUUCGAAUUUUUUAACAGAGUGGUCAUAUGAUAAAAUGCUUUUUGACUAAGCUUGGGCGGGCCGACAUGGAAAAUAUUUGGUUCUCGUUUAAGACGCGCGGACCGAGUGCAUCAUGACCACGAGCCAAAAACUUCUCCGUCCGGCCCGACCAACACAGUCAAUAAGUAGUACAUAUUAUUUAGACCCACUGUGUAUCACCCGAUUCCAGUUUAAGGCUACGUGCGAGUUCUCGUUUUCUGCCUGAGUUUCAGAUGAUGCAGUUUUCAGUUGAGUGUCCGAAAUCUAUAAUCGCAUUGGUCUUGCUUUAUAAACACUCGCGUCACCAUCUCGACCAAUCAGAACUCUGUCACUUGAAUUUUCCCGCACUUGAAGAUAUUUACAAGUAUUCACGUAUGUUCAGAUUGAUUCCUCGUUAAACUCACCUUUGCUCUGAUUAGCUUUGGUUUCGCGAAACUUAAUCUUAAAGCGCGCAGUCUUAAAUAACAUAACCUUACAUUUUCUACACUGGCUGGCAAAAAAACCUAAAAAAAAAUGCGUAUUUUUAAGUCCUUCGCGUUUCCAUCUCUGAUUUUCAUCAUUGUGUUAUGAACCUCCACUGUGCCCUGAAGUUGGACGGAAAGAGUGCACAAACUCGGGGUAGUCGAUAUACCCAUCGUCAUUGCGGUCCUGGUCUUCUAAGAUUGUGUCGACGAAAGUUGCCAUUUCGUCCUCCGCAAUUUUGCUUGACUCGUGAUCAUCUUAAAUAAAGCAAGAAAAAAAAAUUACUAACUAAUGCGUCCAUUCAAUCGAAGCUUCAACAUUCCCCCUCGGGCAACCCCCGGCAAUUUGAGCUUUUGAAGAUUGCAUUCAAAUUACGCACUCCGGGAAUAAAAUUGUGUUCAAAUACCCCAGCCAAUCUUUUUGUGCAAGGCAAAUCAGCGACCGAGACUUUCUA